GCGUCAUCCAGUGGGCACCGAGGACCACAACGACAUUACUGAGGUGCUGACGGCAGUGCAGGCGAUGACACGUGUCCAACCUCCUAUCCCUGAGGCCCCGAUUGAGGAGGCAGCUAUGCCUACCGGCCCAAGCACGAGCACAGCUCCGGCCGGAUGUCAAUCUCGUCCGCUUGUUGCUACCCCCCAGCUUGUCCCUGCCCCCGAUCCCUCUGCAUCCACCUCACAUGCAUCUGCCAGCCCCACCAUACCUUCAUCCACCCCACAUCCAUCCCCUACCGUCACCAUCCCUUCACCCAACCCACAUUCAGCUCCUACGCCCACCAUCCCUUCACCUAGCUCACAUCCAGCCCCUACGCCCACCAUCCCUUCACGUAGCCCACAUCCAGCCCCUACGCCCACCAUCCCUUCACCCACCCCCCAUCCAUCUCCUUGCCCCACCAUCCCUCCACCCACCCCACUUCCUUGUGAUGGGUCUGACGUCCGUCCACCCACCCCACAGUCAUUUCUUCAGCUGUCACCCAUUCCAUCCUUUGACCUGGGUACCCCACCUGACAUGCAGCAGGAGCCACCCUCCCAUAGUUCGUUUAGUACCCCUUCUUCAGCCAUUGACGCACCCCAUGUUCAGGCUGAGCAGGCGGUUGGGUUACCUACAGCGGCUGAAGCUCGGCCUAAACGCAUAUCAAAGGCACCUCCGUGUGGGACAGGGGGGCACAAACAUGGACACAAUGUUGGGCCUGAGGCAUCUGACGAAGGACAUGCAAGACCUCCUCCUCAUUAUACGAGACGGCGUAAGAUUCAAAAAAGGUAGAAAUGGACAUGGAAGAGACACCUGGACUGCAAGAAAGAAUGCCUGAGAAUAACAUAGUACCCCCUCUAGGAGAAGAUACACCUGAUGGUAUGCAUCAAUCCUUGGCUUUAUACCUAACAUAAUAUUGAUUUUAUCUGAUAUGGCUUGACUCAGGGGUUGUAUGUAUCUCUAUUUGUGUGUUUUCCAUAGUAUUACUGCCUCUGCAUUUAUAUGCAUUUAGCAAGUAUACUUUUGUAUC